AUGGCCAGCGCAGAAAAAGCCCUCCACAUCUCCCAAGACUCUCAGUCCACGCUGGCGCAUUUAUCCUCCCUCCUCCACCUCUUCCACCACCGCAACAAAAACCAACACCGCCGCAGCAUCUGGUGGCGACACUUCUCCCUCCUUCGCAAAAACCUCUCCCACCUCAGCACCACAAUCGACCAACUCAACACCCUCCCCACAACUAACCUCGCCCGCACGCAGAAGAAACGCUCCGAUGCCCUCCUCAUCGCCAACCAUGAGAAGAGGCUUGUCUUCUGGAGGGAUGCCAUGGUUCCGAGGUGGCAGCGGGCGUUUUCGCAGGUUGUGGCGGAUGGGAGGUUUGCGGUGCUGGGGGUUGUGUUGAUGGCGGUUUUGGCGGAGGUUUGUGCGGUUGUGGGGGUGACGGUGGAGUUGGAGGAGUUGGGGCAGGGGGAGGUUGAGAGGGUGCUUGAGGAGUUUGGGCGGGAGGAGUGGGGUGAGGGAGGGGUGAUGCGAGGGGAGGGAGAGGAUCGGGGAGAGUUGGUGACGAGGGUGGAGGAUGAUGAGUCUGAGAAGGUUGAGAUGGGAGGGAGUACAAAUUCCAAGCCGCCGGAGGUACCCAAAUCUUCCAAGAAACGCUCCUCAGAAGCACCCGAGAAGAAGACCAAAAAGAAACGCAAAAAGACCGGCAACGCCAUCGACGACAUCUUUGGCUGA